AGCAGACUGCGUGCGGCGUGACGUCAGCCGAGGGCCGUUGGUUGGCGCCAAAGAUCCGAUAGCAGACUGCGGGAUGGCCGCGCUUGCGGCGUGACGUCAGACGCAAAGUGGCAGCGACAGCAGCGACACUGAGAGAAAAUGGCGCUGACGAGUUUUCUUCCUGCGCCAACGCAGCUAUCGCAGGACCAGCUGGAAGCUGAAGAAAAGACCCGUGCUCAGCGGGCGAGGCAAACAGCAUUGGUGGCAUCACGCAGAGAGCCUCCGCCCUAUGGGCACCGAAAGGGAUGGGUUCCGCGCUCCUUGGAGGAUUUUGGCGAUGGAGGUGCAUUCCCAGAGGUCCACAUGGCCCAGUUUCCACUGGAAAUGGGCCGCAAGAAAAAAGCAUCCAAUGCCCUGGCGGUUCAGGUGGACUCGGAGGGAAAGAUCAAAUUUGAUGCUAUUGCUCGGCAAGGACAGUCGAAGGACAAGGUUGUAUACAGCAAGUUUACAGAUCUCAUUCCCAAAGAAGUUAUAAAUGAAGAUGAUCCAGAGCUGCAGAGGCCGGAUGAAGACAGUAUAAAGGAGUUGACUGAAAAGACGCGUUCAGCUCUGGAGAAACAAGUCUCACAGAAGGUUGCAGCAGCCAUGCCUGUUCGAGCAGCUGAGAAGCUAGCCCCUGCACAGUACAUCAGGUAUACUCCUUCUCAACAAGGUGUUGCUUUCAACUCGGGAGCUAAGCAGAGAGUUAUCAGGAUGGUGGAAAUGCAAAAGGACCCCAUGGAACCACCACGAUUCAAGAUUAAUAAGAAGAUUCCCCGAGGUCCCCCAUCACCUCCUGCACCUGUCAUGCAUUCGCCUAGCAGAAAGAUGACGGUAAAAGAACAGCAAGAGUGGAAAAUUCCUCCAUGCAUCUCAAAUUGGAAGAACGCCAAGGGUUACACCAUUCCAUUGGACAAGCGCCUGGCUGCCGAUGGGCGGGGACUUCAAACAGUUCACAUCAAUGAAAACUUUGCUAAACUUGCAGAGGCUCUUUAUAUUGCAGACAGAAAGGCCCGUGAAGCCGUCGAGAUGCGAGCACAAGUUGAAAGGAAAAUGGCUCAAAAAGAGAAAGAAAAGAAGGAAGAGAAACUUCGAGAAUUGGCUCAGAUUGCCAGGGAAAGAAGAGCUGGCAUCAAGACUCACAUAGAAAAAGAUGAAAAUGAAACAAGGGAACGGGAUGAAAUUAGACAUGAAAGACGGAAAGAUCGACAACAUGAUCGCAAUCUUGCCCGUGCAGCUCCAGAUAAGAGGUCCAAAGUGCAGAAGGACCAGGAACGAGAUAUCAGCGAGCUGAUUGCAUUGGGUGUACCAAACCAACUGAACUCAGUACGUGUAUCAACUGAACUGCAGUAUGACCAAAGACUCUUCAACCAGAACAAGGGCAUGGACAGUGGCUUUGCAGGAGGAGAGGAUGAACUUUACAAUGUUUAUGACCAGCCUUGGAGGGCUGGCAAAGACUUGGCACAAAAUGUAUACAGACCUACCAAGAACGCUGAUAAAGACACUUAUGACGAUGAAUUGGAAACAUUUAUGAAAAAUAACCGGUUUGUCCCCGACAGAGAAUUUUCUGGUACAGACCGUAAGCAGCGCCGUGACGGCCCUGUUCAGUUUGAGAGGGACGAAGAAGAUCCCUUUGGGCUGGAUAAGUUCUUGGAGGAAGCCAAGCAACACGGUGGCUCAAAGAGGCCUGAAAGUGGUCGUUCAAAAGAAUAUGAACAUGAAGGAAAGAAGCGAAGAAAGGAAUAGAUGGAACUUUUUCUAAUACCACGUUUUAACCAUUUAGAUCAAAUCAGUAUCUCUAGCAUUUGUUUCUGCAUGGACUUACUGUACAUUAUGGAUAGAACACAUCUUGGAAACAGAGUUUCCUUGUGUGAACUUCAUUUACAGUGACGUUCCCGUAAAGUAAAACAAUCUACUCAUUUUCUAAUUAAGCUAGCAUAAGUGCCCGAGAAAUGAAACAGGAGAUUUUAAACAUCACAACUGUUUAUUCACCAACUUUAAGUCAAACAUAUUGAGCUACAUCCUCCAUACUUGGUAUCAAUGAGCUGAUUCAGUGAUUCUGUUUGCUCUUUGUCCUUGGAAUAAUUUUCUGUUUCUCUGAACUUGAAGCUGUGAAGAGAAUAAAUUUUUAAUGAGUUAUUCAAUUUCUAGUUUUGCUUUAAUGUAAUACCAACAUUAUCCCCAUGGAACUGUGUUGCUGUAAAUUGUAACAAAACUGUCUGAAUGUAAGCCAGGUAGUUGGUUGCUGGCAGCACCUGGUGGUUAGAGGGUCUUUGCUGAACUUUGCCGCUGUAUUAUAGGUUUGGUGGUGUUACCACUUGGUAAUGCAUUUGUUCUUUUUUAAAAUAAAGCAAACUUUCUUGUG